UAUGAACACAAUUAGAAAAAAUAGACCAUCUUAUGGAUCCUUUUAAGAAAUAUAGAUAAAUGCAUCUUGUUCUUCAACUCCAAAGUUGACAAAAUCUCAAACUUUUAUAUAAAUGAAGGCAAAAUGUGCAUCAUCAAGUAGUAAAAAUUCAACAUCGACAAAAAUAAACUCACCUUAUUAACCUCAUUAAAAAAGUUAAUUCUCUGUUAUAACUCAUUCUGAUUCAUAAGACAUUCAUUCUAUACUAAAUGAAUGUGUGUAAAUAUUCAAAGAAAUUUAACAGAGUUCUAUAAAUAAUCAAAAUGAAGUUGUUUUACUUGAUGUGAAAGAAAAGAUGCGUAAAAUUGAAAAAAUAGUUGAAGAAAUUUUACAAUAUCAAAAUACUAAAAAUUUAAAUUAAAACAAGAUCUCCUAAUAUAUGUUAUAAAUUAUUGAAGAAAAAAAGCAAAAAUAAUAAGCUAUAUAAUCAGGAGAUAAUUUAAUAAAGUAAUAAGCUAAUUAAAUUCAAUAGUUGGUAUUUAUAUUACAUAAUCUUAGAAUCAAAGAAUUUCUCUUUAUAAAUGA